UUUAGAAGAAGAAGACGACGACGAAGAAGAAGAAGAACAAAAAAAAAAACAGCCUCAGAAAUUUUUAGUUAGACAUCAUCUGCUAUCUUUUUAGUUAGACAUCAUCUGCUAAAUUAUAUGACUUUCGCUAUAAUUUAGAAAAAUGUAACUGGAAGCAGAGGCAGCUGCGCUGUCUGGAGACCUGUACGGAGCAGCAGCCAGUCAGAAUAAGCGCUGUUACUGUUUUUAUACUAUUGUGAAUGUGGCAGCUAAGCUAGCUGUGAGGCUGGAUCGCCUCUUAACUGGCUCGUCAACGUUUGAGCUGAGAUAAUCAGCCGGUGUUUACGGUCCACAUUAACACGUCACAAGUCUCCCUCUCAGCCUUCUCCCUGUCAUAAUCAGCAGAAAUGGGAAUUCUGGGCAGCAGGUUUCAGCUGUCCUCUCAGGGACCAGAAGAGGCCACAGAGGGCACAAGUACCAACCGCAAACAUAGCUGCGAGUGUAAGAAGAGGAAACGAAAUGCUCAGUGUGACUGUGACAGUGAGCAAGAGGAGGAUGAUGGCAUACUCGAUACACCUCGCAGGAAGAAAUUAAAAAGCACAUCAAAGUACAUUUAUCAGACCUUGUUUCUGAAUGGGGAAAACAGUGACAUUCGUAUCUGCGCUCUAGGACAGGAGUGGAACCUCCACAAAGUGUACCUCUGCCAGUCGGGGUAUUUCUCCAGCAUGUUCAGCGGGUCCUGGAAGGAGUCCAGCAUGAUGGAAAUCAACCUGGAGAUCCCAGAUCAGAACAUUGAUACUGAAGCUCUACAAGUCGUGUUUGGAUCCCUGUACCGUGAUGACGUUCUGAUCAAACCCAGCAGAGUCGUCAGUAUUCUUGCUGCUGCUUGUAUGCUACAGCUGGAUGAUUUGAUCCAGCAGUGUGGCGAAACCAUGAAGGAAAACAUCAGUGCAAAGACUGUGUGUGGCUACUAUGCUUGUGCUAGCAUCUAUGGCCUGGAUUCAGUCAUUAAAAAAUGUCUCGAGUGGCUUCUAAACAACCUGAUGACCCACCAAAAUGUCGACCUGAUGAAAGAACUUGGGGUGGAGGUCAUGGAGCAACUCAUCCAGUCCUCUGACUUGUUUGUCAUGCAGGUGGAGAUGGAUGUUUACACUGCUCUGAAAAAGUGGAUGUUUCUGCAGCUCAAUCCACUGUGGGAUGGCCCCAUCAAGCAGCUUCUGGCUGACGCCGAUGCCUGGCUUUGCAAGCGCAGGACAGAUCUUUGUGAGAAGGAACCCUUCUUGAACACAGAUGACGGCGUUCCUUUUCGGUCAGUGUUCAACUUUGUGCGCCUGCAGUACAUCAUCAAUGACCUCGCGUCUGCACGCAUCUUGGAGAGGGACAACAUUUUGCCUCCUGACUGGUUGACAUCCGUGUAUAAGAACCAGUGGUUUGCCAUGCUCCGGACAGAGUUUGAGAAUGAUAACGGACCUCAGGAGCCCAACAAAGACGAGUUUGAGCAGAGCAGCAUGAGGUGUGGCAGGAAGCUCAUUAAAGAUGGAGAUUACUGCUGGAGGUGGACGGGCUUUAACUUUGGUUUCGACCUGCUGGUGACCUACACAAAUCGCUUCAUCGUCUUCAAGAGGAAUACUCUGAGUCAGCCAUGUGGGGGCGCUGUCAGUCUACAAGCACGAAGACACUUGGCAUACAGGUUACGUCUUGCCUCCUUUGACAGUCGUGGAAAGCUGGUCUGCAGUCGCUCAACAGGUUACCAGCUGCUCACUCUAGAGAAAGACCAGGAGUAUGUGGUGAUGAACCUGGACAGUCGGUUGUUAUCGUUCCCCCUCUACGUGUGCUGUAACUUCCUGUAUACAUCACCUCAGUCAGAUCACCGUCCAGACUCCUCAGAAAAAGACAGGUCUGCUCACAGUGUGUCUUGAUGCCUGCUCACCAGCCAUUAGCUGCUGCCAUUCUUCUGUUACCGCAGAGACACUUGACACAAGCUUGUAUCUACAAUCUACAGCCUCAUUUAACACAUUUUGACACUGGACAUACCGUCUGCAUGCUCUCUAAACUCAGCGAGAUGUUUUUAGGGAAAAAACAUUUUGUUUAUAUGUCUACAUGGGGUUUACAGUAUCAUGAAGCCCUAUACUAGUGGUCAAGAGGGAUCGGACCACCUUUUGCUCUCAGAGAAGCUUCUCUCCACCUUGUACCUCUGCUGUUAACCAUCUGCACCGGGAUGCUGGACCAUUCUUAAAGAUGGGAAACCUCCAGGUGUUUGGAGAAGCUCAUAGUUUGCUUUGACUUAUCACUUAUGAACUUGUGUUCAUUAAGCAGACUUUGUAGGGCUUGAUUUUACACUUUGUUUUUUUAAUGUGUACAGGACAUCGUCAUCUGGGAGCACAAACAAACACAGUGAAACUGAGUAGUUCCAUCACAUUUCAGAGCUUUUGACAAUUUCCUAAGAGGAAACACACAUCUGUUCUUAGAAGGAGAAAUUGUGCAUUAAGUAAGGACAAGAGUAAACUCACCUUUGCGUUGCUGCUGCAUAAGAAGCCACACACCUGCUCAAUGCAAUGUGCGGCUGCUGGUCAUAACAGUUGACGAAAAGAUCAAGCGACAAAUGCAGAGGCAGGAUUUUAUCACCCUGUAGCUUCCAUGGGUCACUCUGAGUUGGUCAUUUCCACCACCUUGUAUAAAAUUCAUAAUCCACGAUGUCCACCAGCAUCACAAGUUAAAAAGAAAGUCAGAUCCAGACUCAGUAAUCCUCCCCAGUUAAAGCUGAGGUUGCAGUAAAUACUUGUGCUAUCUGGUGCUCUCAGCAUAAUCUCAUUUUUGAGACUCACAAAAUAAAAAAAUUCCAGAUUUCCUUUCUGCAGUAUUUAUCAGCUACACUCCCCACUGUGUGUUUACUGGUAUUAAGGCAGUCACCUGCUCACUCUUUUACAGUGCAGCUGCUUCUUGUAUGGCACUCUACCAUCUAUACUUUAAGUACCAUUUAAGUUCUGUUUUUGAAUACUUAUCAUAUUAAUUUGGGAAAUAUUUGUUUGGCGGUUUUCUAAAUCUGUUGUUACCUCAUGUGGUUUUGAUAUCUAAUGGAGGUGAAAGCUUUUAUUUGGCCAUUAUUUAUUAUUUUGUACUUCAUUUUUAUUCGUAUGGAUGUAUUUUUGCAAACAAUUUCUCCACUGCCAAUAAAAUUGCCCUCUGACACGGGCUGUGGUGCUAUCACGAAAUCUCUGUAUCUAGUGAAGGUCUUUAUUGCAGCUGCAAGGUGAUGUUUUAACUACAGUUGAUAGAUAGGCAUGUUAUCAGUUUCAUAUGGCCAAUUCAAUAACGUAAGAAACUUGAAGCCUGAUCAGUUGCUGUUUGUUUCACUCUUUAGUCAAAAGGUUCAAAGGUCACUGUGCUGUUGGCAUAUCACUUGUUUUAGUUGGCUCAUCUCCAGAGUCUGUUCUGGUCUCUGCAGUAAUAAAUGAAUUUAAGACUCAGAGGUUUAACGGCUAAUAAGAGCCCAGCUCACCAAAGAGAUUUUUAUCUAAUCUGGGUUCUCUUUUAUCUCUCUGUUGUCAGCGUGCCUAAUCUAGUGCUGAACACAGUCAUUGUAAUGGGGGAAAAAAGUGAAAUUCUCAGAGGCAGGCCACAUAAGGAGAAAUUGCCCCCAACUUCUGCUAACUAAUGGUUGGUUCUCAGCCCUGUAGAAAUAUGGGCUGGUUCUCAUAAGGUACCGAGGUAGAACCAGCAUCACAUCACUGAAAGAAAGAGUUUAGAGAACACUCGUUUCCCAGCUGUACAUUUAUAUGACGCAAGGACCAAAAGUAAGAGUCUUCUAAGUUGUGAGGUCACAAACACACAGUUACUCGUCGUCUCCUACCUGCUGACUACUUCUCGGGUUUGAUUCGCUGUGCAUUUUCCGGUCAUUUGUACAAACAUGAGUUCAUUUCCAUUCUACCAGAUAGGCUGCAUAAUUACACGUGUGCAAUUUAAGCGUUUUCUAAAUAAACAUAUUAGAUUUCAAGUAGUAAAAUUAUCUGUGUGGUUUACAUCAGGUCUGCAUUGUGUUUAUUGCUCCUUUUAUAUUAUUUACUCAGGCUGAAAAGCUGACAGUGUUGCCUUUGUUGUACCACCAUGUGUGUAUAUAAGAGUAUACUCCACUGUUGUCAUUAAAAUAUAUGCUGUGUUA